CAUUUUUCAUCAUCGUAUCGUCAACCUGCCGAUCUCUUUCCUCUCCCUUUCCAUUGCCUUGCUGCACUGUGAAGAAUCUCCCAAUCUCAGGAUGUGCCCGACGGGGACGACGACCGGCCUCUUUCGCCUCGGCGAAACCUCUAAUAAGCCGUCCACCUUGCGCUCCGCAUUCCAAGUGCUCGACGUCGACCACGACGGCAAGAUCAGCCGCCACGACCUCCUCACCUUCUACGCCGACUUCUCCGUCGCCGGUCCGUCGUCGGAAGACGACCUGCUUGGAGCGAUGAUCUCCGUCGCGGAUCUGAACAAGGACGGCUUCGUUGAGUACGAUGAAUUCGAGAAGGUGGUGGCCGGCCGUCCUCAGAUGAAGAAUGAGGUGAUGGAGGAGGUUUUCAAAGCGAUGGAUAGAGAUGGUGACGGCCAGGUUGGGCUCCAGGACCUUAAGACUUACCUCGAUUUCGCCGGCCUUCCCGCUGACGAUGAAGACCUCAAGGCCAUGAUCAAGUUGGGCGGUGGCGAUGAUAACCGCGGUGGCGGCGGUGUGACCUUCCAAGGUUUUUGCAACAUUUUGGCUCUCAGUGGCUGUUGAUGAUGGCGACAAUUAAAUAAGCUAUUAAAUUUUGUUCAUGUUGUUUUACUACUUUUCUCUUUGUUUUUUCUUGUUUUUAUUGAUAUUAACCAUUUACGGGUAAAAUAAUAAUAGAAUCAUGUCACAUUU